CCGAAGUGAAACAAAAAAUUUGUUCAAUCAACACAAACACGUCAUCAUGGCUUCUCACUUCUCCCCCCAGUGCCACCUUCUCUCUUUCUCUUCUAACCAUUUUCCUAUUCCAUCACCUUCUCCUUCUAUCUUUCAUCACCCCUUCACCAAACCCUCUCUGGGUGCUGUAUCGUCCGAGAGUAACGACAAACAAGUGAUAAGAUGCAGAGCUAUAUACAAGCCACGAACUCAAGAAUAUUCAGACGUAUUUCAGGGUAGUCUAGCAACGUUAAAGUUGCGUGAGAUUGAUGUGGAGGAUGACAUAGAAAAGGAGCAAGACAUUGGGGUUUUGGUGGGAAAUGAGAUCAAGAAGCGCGUGGACACUAUCAAAUCAAUAUUGGGUUCCAUGGAUGAUGGAGAAAUAACCAUAUCUGCUUAUGACACUGCUUGGGUUGCUCUGGUGGAAGAUGUUCAUGGAAGUGGUGUCCCUCAAUUUCCAUCGAGUCUAGAAUGGAUUGCAAAAAAUCAACACCCCGAUGGAUCAUGGGGUGAUAAAGAAAUAUUUUCAGCCCAUGAUCGGAUUAUUAACACGUUGGCUUGUGUUAUUGCAUUAAAAUCCUGGAAUAUGCACCAUGAAAAGUAUGAGAAAGGGAUGGCAUUUUUUAGAGAGAAUCUUAACAAGCUGGAGAAUGAGAAUGCGGAGCACAUGCCAAUUGGAUUUGAAGUUGCUUUCCCUUCACUUCUUGACUUGGCUCGUGGUUUGAAGAUCGAAGUUCCCGAAAAUUCCCCUAUCCUGAAUAAAAUCUUUGCAAUGAAAGACGUAAAACUCACAAGAAUACCAAGAGAUAUGAUGCAUAAAGUACCCACGACUCUGCUUCAUAGCUUGGAAGGCAUGUCAGGACUUGACUGGAAUAAACUUCUAAAACUCCAGUCUAAUGACGGGUCCUUCUUGUUUUCUCCCUCUUCCACCGCCUUUGCUCUCAUGCAAACCAAAGAUCAAAAUUGUCAAAAUUACUUGAAUAAAGUGGUCACCAAGUUCAAUGGGGGAGUUCCAAACGUGUAUCCAGUGGAUUUGUUCGAACAUAUUUGGGUGGUCGAUAGGCUGGAACGCCUUGGAAUAUCUCGGUAUUUUCAGCAAGAGAUUAAAGACUGUUUGGGUUAUGUUUAUAGAUAUUGGACUGAAAAGGGUAUUUGUUGGGCAAGAAAUUCAGAAGUUCAAGACAUUGAUGACACAGCAAUGGGUUUCAGGUUACUAAGAUUAUACGGCCACCAAGUUUCAGCAGAUGUGUUCAAGUACUUUGAGAGAAAUGGUGAAUUCUUCUGCUUUAGGGGGCAGAGCACACAAGCUGUGACAGGGAUGUUUAAUCUGUAUAGAGCUACUCAAGUAAUGUUCCCCGGAGAGAAAAUUCUUGAACAUGCCAAGAACUUCUCGGCCAAAUUUUUGAGUGAUAAGCGUGCAGCAAAAGAGCUAGUAGAUAAAUGGAUCAUAAUGAAGAACCUGGCAGACGAGGUGGCGUAUGCGUUGGACGUGCCAUGGUAUGCAAACUUGCCUCGCGUGGAGACAAGAUUCUACAUUGAUCAAUACGGUGGUGAGAGUGAUGUGUGGAUAGGCAAAACCCUUUAUAGGAUGGCCUAUGUGAACAACAAUAACUAUCUCGAGCUUGCUAAAUUAGAUUACAACAAUUGCCAGGCACUACAUCUAAUUGAGUGGGGGGAAAUUCAGAAGUGGUUCUCAGAAUCUAGAUUGGGAGAGUUUGGAAUGAGCAGAAGAAGUCUUCUGUUGGCUUAUUUUCUGGCAGCAGCAAACAUAUUUGAGCCUGAAAGGUCACAUGUGAGACUAGCGUGGGCCAAAACCAUAGCCUUGCUUGAGACCAUAACAUCAUAUGUUAGUGAUGCAGAAAUGAGGAAAGCUUUUGUCAAAAAAUUCAGUGACUGCAUUAACAGGCGAGACUACUCCAUUGGCUGGAGGUUUAACAGGAAAAGAACAGGACAUGGACUCACAGAUACCUUGGUUGCCACCAUAGAUCAAAUCUCGUGGGAUAUACUAGUGUCUCACGGUCAUGAAAUUGGAUAUGAUAUGCAUCGUAGUUGGGAAAAGUGGCUUUCAAGUUGGGAAUGCGAAGGAGACAAAUGUGAAGGACAAGGUGAGCUUUUGGUGCAGAUAAUAAACCUAUGUGCCGGGAAUUGGAUUUCGGAGGAUCAAGUGUUGGAUCCACAAUAUCAGAGUCUCCUUCAACUCACUAACACCGUCUGCUGUACACUCCAUUGUCUUCAAAAGGACAAGGAACUCGAGAAUGGCGGCAAUGGUACGUAUGUAAACAGCAUCACCACCGAAGAAGUAGAGUCAAAAAUGCAAGAACUGGUGCAAUUGGUGUACCAAAAAUCUCCAACUGGCAUUGAUUUCAAUAUCAAGAGUACUUUCCUCACAGUGGCCAAGAGUUUUUACUAUACAGCAUUCUGUGAUGCAAGGACCACCAACUUCCAUGUUGCCAAAGUUCUGUUUGAUAAAGUUGUUUAAAUAAUUUUUUUAUUUAAACAAUGUUUAGAUGUUAGAUUUCACCAUCAUUGUGCAUAAUUUCCCUGCGAACAAUGUUCAAAAGAAAAAAAAAAUGUUCAGUUGUGCUGCUCCAUGUAUAUGCAUGCCAUUUUUCAGCUUUCCAAUAAUUUUAUUAAAUUUUACUUCCUGUCU